AUGAAUUCGAUUCAUCCUUUUUGUCUAAACUCUUUAAAUAUCCCUUGGUGUAUAUUUGGUGAUUUUAAUUCCAUUCUUGGUGCUCAUGAGCAUAGAAGUUUCUCUAGCCCUAGUAAUGCUUCCAUUUUGGAUUUUCGGGCUUGGGUUAAUGAUUCUAGCUUGAUUGAAUUCCCUCCUAAAAGUCCCACUCUCACUUGGCAUAAUGGUAGAAGUGGCAGUGCCUCGAUUGAAAGAAGGCUUGACAGAGCUUUUGGAAAUUCAUACUGGUUCUCCGCUUGCAGCAAUUUUCAGGCCAUUUCGCUCUCGAGACUCAAAUUCGACCACCAUCCAAUUCUCAUAGAAGCUUGUUUAGACAUCAUUAAAUUACCUUCUCACUUUAGAUUCUUGGAGAUGUGGACUUUCCAUGACAAUCGUAAAGACCAUAUUUCUUCAAUUUGGGCCAUUAAGGUUUUCGGUUGUCCAAUGUACAUUCUUCAAACGAAGCUGCAAAUCCUGAAAAAGAGUUUAAAGACUUGGAAUAUAGACAUUUUUGGUAAUUUCAAAAGAGUCAUUAGCAGCUGCCUUUUCUCCCUUGAGUUAAUACAGCAGGAAAUCAGUUUACAUGGCCCCAAGAGUGAUCUUAAAGCUAUAAAAAGGAAGUUCAAACAAAACUCGAAAAAAUGCAGCAUUAUGAAGAAGUCUUGUGGUCGAAAAAAGUGA